AUGUACUGGUACAUCUCCUUCCUCCGCCCACCACCAGUUGGCCUUACUCUUCCGAGCGAUGGAGUCGUCAUCACGCCACAGGUCGCCAACGACCUGCGCACAGAAUUGCGUGAGGAACCCACUCCCAUCUCCUACGUCUGGCAGCGCGUCGCUCGGCCUGUAACGACCAAGCCUGCCGAACUCACGAUUUUCGAUCCGCCAGCAUCCACGUACCGGCCGCUUACGGUACCAUUGCCCCGCACCGCGCGGGCUGGCGAAAGAUGGCGCCUGGGUCUGUUCUCCCCGCCGCACGCGCUCGAGGCACCAUUGCUCUCUCUGUCGGAGGCGGUGGUGCCUGUCAUGGGAGUGUGGAGCGAGGCGAUUGAGCUGCGCGCCGGCGAACCACCACAGGCCGGGCCUGUGCGUGGUGUCGGCACCGACAAGAAGGGAAAGGCAAAGGUGAAGCGGGAGGAGAAGAAAGGCAAGGCCAAGGAGAACGGCAAGGCCAAGGAGGAGGCUAAGCAGACGCGUAUCACGCGCGCGUGGCCCCUCCCUCCCGGUACAUCGGAAGCCCAGCUCAAGCUCGUCGAACAGACGAGCUUCGACCUCGACAAGAAAGUAUGGGACUCGGGACUGGCACUCGCGUCCUGGCUCUUCCGUUGGCUCAACGAGAGGCAUCAGAACACACAGGCGCGUGAGGUGCUCACCCGCCUACGCGGAGCACGGUCAUUGGAACUCGGCAGCGGAACGGGGCUGGUCGGUAUCGCGCUCGCCCUCCUCGACCCCAAGGCCAAAGUCACAGCGACGGAUCUUGACUCUGCGAUGGAGAUCAUGCGCGAAAACGUCGCGCUCAACAAUGUCGCGCAGCGGGUAGAGGCGGAUGUGCUCGACUGGGACGCGCCGCUGCCUAAAUUCGCGGCAAACAUACCCGUUGUGCUUGCGGCUGACGUGACAUAUAACACUGCGUCGUUCCCCGCGUUGGUUGGAACACUGGAGAGGCUACUGAAGGCUAAGGUGGACGGUGGGCCGCCGCGACUGCUGCUCUCGUACAAGCAGCGCGACCCAGGCGAGCGGGAGCUGUGGUCAAUGCUGAGGGAUCGUGGGAUUGGGACAGUGAUGGUGGACACGGUGCAGGGCGCUGAAGAUCGUGGAGAGAUCGAGAUCUGGGUGGGAGGCGUAGGGAUAGCAUAG